ACUGGGUGGGAUGUGGCCUGGCAGUGUGUGUGUAGUGUACUGAUAGCCGCACCUUAGGAAUUAGGGCUUUAGUCAUUUCCUCUGUGAGUAACUGAUCAUCAGAUCUCCCUAGCAGCAGCAGUAGUCGCAGGCAGACACGCGUGUGUCUUACAGGACUCUCCCUUGCACCGCCAGCAUCAGAGGCUGCUGAGUGUCCCAGCCCACCUGAGGAUCAGAGCCAGACGGCCACAAAAAUCUAUACAAAAAUGAGUGAGCCAUUUGACUGUGAUAGCUGUAAGGAAUCUCUAUAUGGAAGGAAGUAUAUCCAAAUGGAAGAAGGACCUUACUGUAUACCAUGCUAUGACAGCCUGUUUGCCAACACAUGUAAUGAGUGUAAAGAACUGAUUAGCCAUGAUUCAAGGGAGCUGUAUUAUGAGGAUCGUCAUUAUCAUGAAAAUUGCUUCCGAUGCUUCCGCUGUGAACGGUCACUUGCAGAUGAGCCCUUUACAUGUCAAGAUGCGGAACUAUUGUGUAAUGAUUGCUACUGCAGUGAAUUCUCCUCUAAGUGCAUCAGUUGUGAAAAAACAGUCAUGCCAGGCUCUCGUAAAUUGGAAUACAAUGGGCAGACCUGGCACGAACAUUGCUUUAUUUGUAAUAGCUGCAAGCAACCUAUUGGAUCCCGCUCAUUUAUACCUGAUAACCAGGCCCAUUAUUGCAUCCCAUGCUAUGAGAGCAAGUUAGCUCCACGCUGUACACAUUGCAAAAAGUCGCUGACCAAAGGAGGGGUGACUUACCGGGAUGAGCCAUGGCAUAAAGAAUGUUUUGUAUGUACUGGUUGUAAGAUCCAACUGGCUGGACAACAGUUUACUUCUCAGGAUGAAAAGCCAUAUUGUAUAAAGUGCUUUGGAAAUCUAUAUGCCAAGAAAUGCUCUGGAUGUACUAAACCUAUCACAGGUUUUGGUGGAGGAAAGUAUUUCUCCUUUGAAGACCGACACUGGCAUCAAAGCUGUUUCAACUGCUCCCGUUGCUCAUGCUCCCUGAUAGGAAAGGGUUUUAUUCCAGAUAAUAAGGACAUUCUGUGCCGUGAUUGUAACAGUGACCUAUAGGCACCAUUAAUCUGCGCCAGAAUACAUCUCUUCAUUUGUCAGGAAACUGCAUAACGCUGUGGAGCAAUGCGAUCUAGAUUUGCCCCCACAGAAAAUUCUUUCUGUACUAUGCUUAAAAACUUUGCACAGUUAUUUAAUGUACUUUUUGAUGGCUUUGAGACUCCAGAAGUGUCUGUGUAAUAUCUAUAUUAUUAAUUUACUGGAGCUCAUGGCAAAAACAUCUGUAUCCUGCAGUAAAUAAUACUAUUCUUGCUCAGUAGUCACCAAAAGUGCUUUGUGAUUUAAAUAUUCAUAAAUAUUGUAUUAACAUUUUAGAGCAAUGGGGCUGAUGCGGUUAUUCCUGUUUGUGAAAUCACAGAAAGUUGGUGAAUUAAUAUGUGCCUAUGAUAAGGUUGUUAUAAUAUCCCUUUAAUAAGGGACACCUACAUUAUAAACUGCAUACAAACAAAAAAGAGAGAUUGUCUGCACUGCGAUAUGUGGUAUCACGAAUGUGAUAGUUGUGUUACAAUUACUUUAAAUCUCAAUUCCGUACAUUUAGUAUAUCCUUAAUUGUUUGUAAUAAAAGAAAUGGGAAGGUGGAGAUUAAAUGUAAUCAAAAUGCUAGUCUAGCAGCAGAUGGAUAAAGUUGUCUGGUCAUCAUGGAUAACUUGUUACACCUGUAUCAAAUAGUACCGUAUCUCUUGCUAUGAAACUGUAUCCAAUAGUGUCUGGAAAAAUAUUGUUAGAGGUUGUGGUGAUCAGAACAUAUAUAUAUAUAUAUAUAUAUAUAUAUAUAGUAUCUCCAAAUCCAUGGCUCAAAAAGAUUUAUAAAGCUAUAACUACAGAUUUAUUUAUUUUUUUAAUUUGUUAAUUAGAUCCCAAUAUUGGUGUCUGUAGUGUACCUAUUGAAUGGUUAAUGACUAUGUUAGAUUACAUAGACCUAAUUAGUAAUUAGUUUUACCGCAUUGGAAUACCAACAAAUAUCUGCCUCAGAUUAUGGCAGUGAAUUCAAAGCUGUUAAUUACUUAUGCAAGAAAAUAAAUUAAAGUAUGAUGAUGUUGUAUAGAUAAGACCCAGACAUAAUAAGGGUCACCUACAUUGUUUAAUCCAGAUUUCACCACAACAAGGAUUGGUUAUUGUUAUUCCUAAUGAUAUCUCAGAAGUGUAAACGUAUUCCAGACAUUGUAUUUGGUGAAAAAUUAUAUUGUAGUUAGUGAGUGAGCACAACUGUCAUAUGGUAUGCUGACAUAAAUCCUACAUUUAAAUAAAAACACUUACGUACUAUUACUACAAGAACCAACUUUGUAAAGUACCAAUUCUGUGCUUGGCUGAAGGAUCAACGUAAAAUGCCAUCUUUGUGAAAUGCUGUCUCCAUCUGCCUCUGCAGGUACAGCAUGGUAAAGUGAGUUUGUUAAAUCCAAAAGGAUAGUAUAUGACAUGGCUACAGGAGCAGCGUGAAGCUCCGAUCCUGUGUGUAAUUGCAGAGUUAGUGUAGGGUGCCAGUCUUAUGUGCUGCUAAGUAAACAUUAUGAUCCAGCUAUCUGCUGUGCAGUAGUCUGAGCUGUAGUGAUAAGAACCGUGUAAGCCAUCCUGGAGGGAAGUUCACUGUACCAUAGUAAUACGCUUAGUGAAAUAUAGCAGGACACAGACCAUAUUAGCAUGACAGGCAUAAAUUACACAGAUAAUAUAUCGGGUUGGGUACGGGAUCCCGGCGGUCAGAAUCCCUGUGGUCAAAAUACCGUCGCCAGAUUCCCCACCGUCAGAAUGCCGGAAGGGGGCGAGCGGAACAAAGCCCCUUGCGGACUUGCUAUGCUCACCACGCUGCGGGCUCGGUGGCUCGCUUCGCUCGCCACAGGUUCUAUUCCCACUGCAUGGGUGUCGUGGACACCUAGGAGUGGGAAUAGCUGUGGCGGCGCUGCCGGCACUGGUGGUCGGGAUUCCGGCGCCUGUAUUUUGACCAUUGGAAUUCCGACCGCCAGGAUUACAUCUAUAUUGGGACUACAUCCCAAUAUAUCACAUGGCUACAACAUUUGUAAUACUUUCCCUGAUUAGUGUAGUAUGAGGUCCCAUAACUCUUCCUAUGUACGUUUUGCUAUGUGCUUUGUCAAGGAAUCCAUAUGAACCCUGAACAGGCUGGCUGUUUAAAGUCUGCAUUUCACCAGGUUUUGUUAAGCCACAGCACCAAGGCCAUUCAUAAGUGUCCCUGACUGAAAGGAAAUUAUGGCAACGCUAGCCAAUGUGCACAAUGCUAUUGCUUAUAACUGCCCAUGGCCAGAGAGUGGUGGAAAGGGACAUUCUGAAUACAGUACGUAAGCCAAGUACAGUAAGGAUAUGUCCACAAAAUUGUAAACUCAUGCAGGCCAGGACACUGAUGCACAUAUGCCUAAAAAUGGGAAGCAGUGCAAAAAUAUAGGAUGGUAUUAAUGGCCACACCUGUUGUGGUUGACCUAUUUGCAAAUACACAGCUGAUGCAUAUAGAUACUUUGUAUACUGCUCUGGCAUGCAUUAUGCUUUAUGUGUAGAUUUAUUUUUUUUUAUUUUAAAUUUUUUUGAUACAAAGACAGAAAGUUGUUUCUAUUGUUCAUUGAAGUGUUAUUGAUAACUGUUGAUGCUGUAUGUCAUAGGCAAAACAAAUGGUUAAGAGCGUUUUCCUGAGUGGUAUACCUGGCGCAACCAAUGCAUACCCCUUAGCAUGUGGGCAUAAAUACAUGUGGCUUUUUUUUAUCACAUAAUACAAUACAUUUGUAACCAACUCUGCUAAACCAACUUGUAAACAAUGUUUAGAAAUAAGCAUACAUUAUGAAUGGAAGACUAGCUAAAUAUUAGUUGAACAAUCAUUUUAUAACAUCUACAUACACUAAUGUUUAUACACCAUACCCUAGUGUCAUCAUAAAGUCUAGGUGGUUAAUAUGCUUCAUUCAUUCGAGUAUGCUGGUUCAGCUAACAAAGUGUCUCCCGGCCUAUAUAUUAAUCCCGGGAUCGGUAUGAAUUACCGAUGUCCGGGAUGCCGGCCGUCAGUAUACCGAGAGCGGCAUCCCGGCUAGCAGCAGGGUGAGUGCUAGAAAGCCCCUUGUGGGACUGCUGCGCUUGCCAUGCUGUGGGCACGAUGGCUCACUGCACUCGCCACAGGUUAUGUUCUCCCUCUAUGGGUGUCGUGGACACCCACAGAGGGAGAAUAGCCUGUGGCGCCGGUAUUCCGGUGGCAGCAUUUCACUCCGUGUUGGGAUUCCGGCGUUGUGACCGCCGGGAUCCCAACUAGCGGUAUUUUAACCGCUUCCCCUAAUGCAGGCGACAGAUGCACUUUAAAGUAUUUGCAUAGUCAAUUUUAAAUGUACCAAAAAUAUUCUAACAUUUUUGUAUACAUUAUGAAUAGUCUAGUAAGAUUAGAGUAACUUGUAUUUUAGUAUUCCUUUGAGCACAUUAAACUUAAUUAUGGACUGUGAUUAAUGCUGGCUGAAUGGCAUGUUUGUAAAUUAUUAGAGUUUCUAUUAAUACAUUUUUGUCAGGCUGUUAUGUUUGGCACAAAUGGUUUAUGAUUAUAAAGUCGAGCAUAUCCAAUAUUCAUGGGAAUAUAGCCGUUCAAUCAGCAGUAUUAUCGGUGAGAUUCAAAGUGCCUUAAUUAUGUAAAUAUAUCCUAGUGAAUAAGAACCAAAAAUAAGAACCAAUUUAGUUUCCUGGACUUCAUUUGAACGAUCCUUGAAAAGGAUCUUUCCUGAUAUUAGAGCUAGUUACAUUGGUGAAAUCUGUGACUACACCAGUUAGCAUAGUGUAUCAUGCAAGAAUAUCCAGAGGAGUGUGUGCACACAUAUGCACCCAUGCAGAUUUGCAAUGUGUGUUUGUUCUGUCAUAAACCAGAUGCAUAAUUUUCUGUUGCCAGCCAUAAGGCACCUUAAUCUCUGCGUAAGUACCUAUAUAUAUAUAUAUAUAUUUAUUUGUGUGCAUUUAUGAGCAAUGUACCCCCAUUUUUCACCUAUCGCUUCAUCAGCCCCAUAGCAUUUAGUGCACUAGGCAAGUGUGACAAAAAAUAACAUACAUGAAUAGUGCAGACUGUGGUCAAGAGUUUGCUUCGCUUCAGUUUCUGUGUGAGUAUAGUGCAGAAUGUGACCUGAUUGUCUAUCAGUUUCCUCCACCACACAAAUCUGACAGAUUUCAUUUAGUUAUCCUACUAGGCAUAUCACACAUCAGGGAAGGGUCUCCGGAGGUUGGCUGAUGGCAUGUUCAUCUGGAGACACUCCAACUCGCCCUCUGUACGAUAGCUACAUCUCUUCCAUGUGCUGGCAAAACCAUCUGCAUACUGGCCACAGUCUCUCCACUAGCAUACUGCCACAAAAUGAUAGCACGGUUUAGUGCAGGAUUUGAGGCUCGGCACUUGUACCUGGCUCUUUGCUACACCAUGGUACCAUUCUUGGAGAAAACUCCAUUUAUAAAGACAAACCUAAAGGCACCUUUUAGCCUGAUUGGGUUGCUGCAGGUAUCAUCAGUGUUGUAUAAAUAUUUCUACUUUAUUGAUCUUUACCUACUUUUAUAAUUUAUAUACCAUACAUAUAUACCCUUCGCCUAGCUUAUUAUUUAGAAUCCCACACAUCCCUACAAUUAUAAAUCAUUUUAGAAAGGCAUGACAACCACUCAAAGAGCAGCACUUUCGUUAUAAUUUUGCAGUUUCAACUACUAAAAUAAAUUAUAUCAAUAUUUACUAUGUUAAAAGUUAAAUGUUUUUGUAAACAAAAUAAAAUCAAUUGUCUUAA